AAACUUGCCACAUGACUUUACAAAGCAGGAAGUACUGCUGAGCAGCGUCAGAAACCACAUAUCUGUCAUAAAUUUCAUUCCCACUGGUUCUUGUCCAGUAUUUGCCCGAUUAACUGGAAAACAUAUUAACAAGAUGUUUUGCAGAGUUUUCUUCGUGAUACUUGUACUAGGUGUUUUGGGAUCCACUGCCCAAGCUCUAGAUGGAGAAUGUUCAACUGUCAAGUCCUGUGACGUAUGUUUAAAUAGAACUGACUGCACUUGGGGGCAAUGCGCAGGUAUUCCUGCAGUUGUUUGUUAUAAUGACAGUUUACAUACGGAAAAGAACUGCACCCACAUGUCCUGUGAAGGCACAACGUCUAUUCCAGCAUCAACGGCAAACACCACCGUCUUUACUUCUACAGCUGCCACAGUGACAGUGAAACCGCUCACGACCGCACCGACUCAGAAUGGCACCGCCGCUAACACCACCACCACCACCACCACCACCACCACCACCACCAUCACCACCAUGGCACCGCCCUCCCCACACAAGAAUGCGACGUUUGACGCGGCCAGCUUCAUCGGUGGCAUUGUGCUGGUGCUCGGCCUUCAGGCUGUCAUCUUCUUCCUCUAUAAGUUCUGCAAGUCUAAGGAUCGCAACUACCACACUCUGUAACCUAUGUCGCCCCCUGGACGCCCCACAUUGCACUACAUGCACACUGAACUUGUACUAGACUCCCCAAGAUACACACACCUCCACACCCGUGUGCACACACGCGCACACACACACACACACACACACACACACACACACACACACACACACACACACACACACACACACACAUCCCUGUGCUCGUUCUCAGUCAGAUGCUAAAAUCUGGUAUUCCUCUGUGUUUAUACCAUGAUGAUAUUUCGAUACCUAUGGUCUGAGUUCUGCUUUUUAUUAAGCAUGGGCUCACACAAAUGUGUAACAGGUUCCUUAAAAAUAGACCCUGGAGCAAUGGCAUUGUCCUUUGCUGCUUUCAUCAUAAUUUGUAAACAGUAUUCUCACGUCCUCUGUAUUCCAGUAGUCCAGGGUUAGUCCAACCAACCACUGGAGCAUAAUUUGCCUGUCACUGGCCUUUGACGAUGACCGCUUCUGCCUCUAUAAACCACUUCUAAUGGCAGCCGUAUUACUGCUGCAGCCCAGCGUGGCUGUGCAGAGGCUGCUGCCAUGUCCCAGCCACAUCCUGUGUAUGUGAGCUGGCGCUUUGAAAGCCACUGCUCCGGGACCCGCAGGUUCCAAGUGGCCAUGGGCGCUUACCCACGGCAGAGCUCCAACCCUAACCCACCCCCUCCCCAUCCCCGGGGCAGUUCCGGCUGCUUCCGUUUGAACAGGGAGCCGUGCUGUUCCUGCAGCUGCUGGGUGAAGUCAUACUGGUUUUCUUGCCUGCUUGUUUUUGUUUGUUUGUUUGUUUUUUGCUUGUUUGCUUGUUUUCCUGUCACUCAGCAGGAAGCAGGAAGAUAACGCAUGACGAUUCAUCCACCCAGCUUGAACCUCUCCCUGAAGCCAUAGAUGCCAUAGAAAAUCAGCAAAGAAUAACUCAUUGUUUCCUUAGGGUUUUUGGCUGUUUUUUUCUUCUUUUUUUUCCCCACUCCAAACAAAGAGCCUGACCUACUUGCAAUAAAUGAUGAUGCCUAGCUCAGCACUUCGCUAAUAGCUUGUGUGAUAUGUGAUAUGAGUGCGGCCUGACGCCUGUUGCCUAGGUGAUGCAGUAUAAGCCCACUAGCUGAAGCCCAGUGUUAAUGCGGCAAGGAUUAUUACUAGCCAGAAAUGUUGGUGCAGGAUCGGGUGCACAGGCCUCUAGAGACGGUGGCAUUGUGAGUCAAAGUGCCUUUGCAGUUAGAUGUUGGCUGGUGCUCAUUCAGCUUGUCAUUAGGGUUGGUGAUGCUCUUCUAUCCCUCCUUUUUCCCUUCUUCGCCUUAAAAAUGUAAGUGCGCUUUGCCACCCCUUCCUGAAGCAGGCUUUGUGCGCGAGCACGUGCUGAAUAUUAUCUGUGAUGUUGAUUAUAGAGUCUGCCAGCUGGACUGAUUUGCUAUAUUAUAAAGAUUGAAUGGAUAAUUAAUUUGAGUAGUUACAUAUGGUCCAUGUUCUGGUAUGUAGAGUCACCCUAAAGCCUUGCCUCUUAAGCCUGCCUCACGCUGGACAAGCCAGAGCUUCCUUCUCUGCCCUGUGCUGGACUACAUAGGGUCCUUUGUCACUUUACAGCUAGAGCUUCAUCAGCAGUGACUAACUUGAAAGUAGCUGUGCUUCAUUGGCAUUUGCUAUGUCAUGAUUGUGUCACGGUACUAAAAUCACUUUGUAGGGCUAUGUGUCCUUGAGAAUUGUUGAGGUGGGGGGGGGGUCUUUUUUUUCUUUUUGGUUUGUUUUUAUCCCAUUCUGGCUUUCCAGAUGGGACAAAGGAAGUCUCAGACCUUGCUGGAAUUUGGCCCCUUUUGUCCUCACUUAGGCCGAGGGGACGCAAGGGUUAGCUCAGGCCACAGGUCAGAGGUCAUUUAUAUCCUGGUAUUGUUGUUCAGGUCCUGGGCAGAGAAAUGGACAAGCUGAGUGCCAGAACAUCGAUAGAACAUGGGACGAUUUGGGAGUUCUUCCCCAAACUCUAGACUUGCAUCUUGGAGUUGAGCUGCCCAUAUUUAGUUAUUCCCAAGACCAUAUGUUUUGGUUGUGUUUGCUUGACUGGUUUAGGAUCUGUAUAAUUACUACGGCCUGGGACAGAACAGGAAUGCAUAUUGCUCAUGCCAAAUUCCUCAUGUGAAGUGUGGCAGUUGGUGUGUUCUUUGUGAUACUCUGUUUGACAUUCAUCUGGUCACCAGAAGAAUCCUUGUACAGCUGAGAAGAACAGUAGUGGAACACACAUGAAGGCUUGAAAUUCCUGAAGUCAGUCGGUUAGCUCGCUGCUAACAGUGUGGUGUUAACAGUUUUAAAUUCUUCCAGCCCUGUAAUUUUUUUUCUCUUUAUUUAGGAUUUUGCUUUUUUGUGAGCUGUUUGUUGAGAGCUUUUCUAAUGGUGUGGGUGUUUUUUCCCCUCACUGAGUUUGCUUAGCUUCUUAAUUAUUGCUGUCAUUCUGAUUUGGAUUUAAAUCGCCCACUGUUAAGGCCUCCCCAUGUUUGCCAGAACUACUUAAACCAAUUGUGCGUCCUCUGAACUGAUUGCUUUUACACCAAAGCUGUCUACUGCAGCAUGAUGUGGGGACAGUAAACUCGUCAACAUUUUGUCUUUCACUGGAAUGGGCAGUCACAUAUAAUGUCAACACACACACACACACACAUCCACACAGCUACUGCUUGCCAUUUGCUAUAGAUGCUUUUUAAAUUUUGUUUAUUUGUUUUUGUUUUGUUAUGUUUUGUUUGGUUUUUUUUGUCUUUCCAGGACAUGGUGGUGCAGGUCGAGUCUGCACAGCUUUAGGAAUGUAAUUGUUUUUAUUUUUUUCCCCCCUCACUGAUUUCCAUAGAAGCAGAGUAACUCGAGUCACGCUACUGUUUGAACCGUGAUAGGCUAUGUCCAAAGAUCCCGUUGUGAUGUGUCCCGGCCUAGAUCUCAAGGCUGGUGAGUGAGAACGCAGAAUGAUGCUGGACAACUGUCCACCCCACACAGAGCCACUUAGGAGUGCCUUCAUAGCUGUCUCGCUCUCUCGCACGUGCUCUCUUGGCCUCCCCCUGCCCCAGUUCGUGCGAGUGGCCAUUCUCUCUUGUGGCAUUCUCCGUGUCUGUGUGUCCCUCGGUGUAGCUCUGUGUGGGAUGCCAUUGUCUGGAUUGGACACAUAAUGCAACAACAUCGCCCUCGAUUUCCAUAGAAAUAGUCCUGAAAACCAUGAACCCCCCCCCCCCCCCCCCCCCCCCCCCCCCCCAAAAAAAAGAGCUGUAGUCGCUCAUUCCGUGUUGCACGUCUCCACGACAAAGUGCCUUAAUUACAUGGGACAAAUGACGGAUCCUUCUCGUAUUUAAAACCCAGAUUAACUCUUAAAGGGACUUUGCACUGAAAGCUGAAAUUAGUACCAGUGCAUAGAAAUACAGAGCUGGUUACAAUAUAGCAGUUAGUUCCCACCAAUGUCCACCCUGGAUUGAUCACUCAUUAGACUGGGUUAUGUAACAUCUCUGUGAUGACUCCCUUAUUCAGCAUUUGAUUUUGUGUUCCUUGUUGGCCUAGUAGAUGUGAAUCAUUGUUGACCUCAGACUGGUUCAGAUGUUUUUAAAAGUCACCCGGUGGAAGAGCCAGCAUGCAUACACACCCUUAACUGCCCACGUGCAGUUCUUUUAUGU